AUGAACCUGGAAUGGCACACACAGGAUAACAUUGCCGUCUCUUCCCUUGAAUUCUGCACGCAUCUCGGCAAGUUUACUGGGGAGAAGUCCUCCUUUUUCAUGCCAGGCGUAGAGUACAAGAAAACAGCACCUCUCACCUGGCUGCCUAGCACAAUCAAGCAGCUUAAGUCGGACAUAAAGCGGACACUGUUCAAGACUCCCAAACAGGUCACUGGACUGAUGAUGAACACGCAGACAGAUUCAAUGUCUGCUUAUGCGAAGUGCCAGGAAAGGACCACCAGUCUACGUCUUGGACGCAAGAAAUGA